AUGCUUCGCUCGGCACCAGCUCGACGCGCCGCUUCCGGCCUGGCGAGCUCACGGCUUACCGUUAGGCCGAGGACAUGCGCAAAGAGCCUCUCCACAUGCUCGACCCGAACCGCCUCCCCCGCAGCUAUUUACCCCGCGACGGCCUCUCGAUCAACACAAUUCACCAGCCCUUUCUCUCUCCAGAGAAGUCUGCACACCACCGUCACCAGAAUGGCCGGCACCCGUACCGAGAGCGACGCCUUUGGCGAGAUCCAGGUCCCUUCGGACAAGUACUGGGGCGCCCAGACUGAGCGUUCUCUCGAGAACUUCAAGAUCAACCAGCCCCAGGACCGUAUGCCCCCUCCCAUCGUCAAGGCCUUCGGUAUCCUCAAGGGCGCCGCUGCCACCGUCAACAUGCGCUUCGGCCUCGACGAGAAGAUCGGCCAGGCCAUCCAGCAGGCCGCAAAGGAGGUCGCCGACGGCAAGCUCCUCGACCACUUCCCCCUCGUCGUCUGGCAGACCGGCUCCGGCACCCAGUCCAACAUGAACGCCAACGAGGUCAUCUCCAACCGCGCCAUUGAGAUCCUCGGCGGCACCAUGGGCUCCAAGAAGCCCGUCCACCCCAACGACCACGUCAACCGCUCCGCCUCCUCCAACGACACCUUCCCCACCGUCAUGCACAUCGCCGCCGUCCUCGAGAUCGAGCAGGAGCUCAUCCCCUCCCUCAAGAGCCUGCGCGACGCCCUCCAGAAGAAGGUCGACGACUUUGACGCCAAGAACAUCAUCAAGAUCGGUCGCACCCACUUGCAGGACGCCACCCCCCUGACCCUCGGCCAGGAGUUCUCCGGCUACGUCGCCCAGCUCGACGCCGGCAUCAAGCGCGUCGAGUCCUCCCUGCCCGACCUGCGCCUGCUUGCCCAGGGCGGCACCGCCGUCGGCACCGGCAUCAACACCUUCGAGGGCUUCGCUGAGGCCAUCGCCGAGGAGGUCUCCAAGAUGACCGGCACCGAGUUCAAGACCGCCCCCAACAAGUUCGAGGCCCUCGCCGCCCACGACGCCAUCGUCCAGGCCCACGGCUCCCUCAACACCCUCGCCGGCUCCCUGUCCAAGAUCGCCCAGGACAUCCGCUACCUCGGCAGCGGCCCCCGUUGCGGUCUCGGCGAGCUCGUCCUUCCCGAGAACGAGCCCGGUUCUUCCAUCAUGCCCGGCAAGGUCAACCCCACCCAGUGCGAGGCCCUCACCAUGGUCUGCGCCCAGGUCAUGGGUAACCACGUCGCCACCACCAUCGGUGGCAUGAACGGCCAGUUCGAGCUCAACGUCUACAAGCCUUUGGUCAUCCGCAACCUGCUCCACAGCGUCCGCAUCCUCUCCGACGGCAUGCGCUCCUUCGAGAAGAACCUCGUCGUCGGCCUCCAGGCCAACGAGGAGAAGAUUGCCAGCAUCAUGAAGGAAUCUCUCAUGCUCGUCACCACCCUCAACCCCAAGAUCGGCUACGACAUGGCCUCCAAGGUCGCCAAGAACGCCCACAAGAAGGGCCUCACCCUCAAGCAGAGCGCCCUCGAGCUCCAGGCCCUCACCGAGGAGGACUUUGACAAGCUCGUCCGCCCCGAGCUCAUGAUCGGCCCCAAGCCCUACAAGGCCUAA